AUGAAGAUUGUCAUUAUUACAAUUCUUUCUAGCAUCAUACUUGUUGCUUUUGUAAUUGCAGUUGUAAUUGUUGUUGUCUGGUUCAUCUUCUCCAGGAAAGCAAAGUCCAUACAUUUCAUCAUUGAUGGAAGAACACAAAAAAAUGGAGAUUUAUUUUCAAUAUGGAAUUAUGAUGAGAUAAUUGCAUAUGAUGACAUUUUGGAAGCAACAGAAGAAUUUGACAUCAAAUACUGCAUUGGCACUGGAGGUUGUGGGAGUGUUUACAUGGCAAAGCUACCAACAGAGAAAGUAGUAGCAGUGAAAAAGUUUCAUCACCUAGAGGUUGAAGAAAAGGACUAUGGAAAGAGCUUCACUAAUGAGAUACACAUAUUAACAAGAAUUCGGCAUCAGAACAUUGUGAAACUUUAUGGGUUUUGUUCCCACCUAAGGUGCAGUUUUUUAGUUUAUGAAUACAUAGAAAGGGGAAGCUUAGCUUAUGUUCUUGGAAAUGAAACAGAAGCCAUGGAAUUGGAUUGGAGGAAACGUUUAAAUGUCAUCAACGGGGUGGCUCAAGCUUUGUCUUACUUACAUCAUGAUUGUGUGCCACCAAUAAUUCAUCGAGACAUAUCAAGCAACAAUGUAUUGCUGGAUGCAAAUCUUGAGCCUCAUGUCUCUGACUUUGGAACUGCUAAAAUUUUAAAUCACAAUGCAUCGAACCGAACAAUAUGUGCAGGCACAAAUGGAUAUAUCGCUCCAGAGCUUGCUGAUACGAUGGUUGUGACUGAAAAAUGCGACGUUUAUAGCUUUGGGGUGCUGGCAUUGGAGACAAUCAUGGGAAGGCAUCCUGGUGAACAUAUCUUUUCACUAUCAUUGCCAAAUGCAAAAGAUAUAAUACUAAAGGAUGUGUUAGAUCCACGUCUCCCACCACCAACACAAUUGGUAGCACAAGAUUUGACUCUCUCAAUGACGCUUGCAAUUGCAUUUGCAGACAAUAUUUGGAAGGAACAGAAUGAUGGGCUCUAUGGGGGUCCAUCGAAGUCAAUUUUUCAGAUUUUUGACAAAGUAAAUCUUGAUGUGCAGGAUGUGGAUUAUUCAUUACAGGGAGUGAUCAAGCAGCCAAUGGACUUGAUAUGUUGUCGCAGGCUUGGCCGAGCUGGUGCAGGUGGUGUGCUAAGAGAUCAUAGAGGUUCCUAUGUUAGAUCAUUUCAGAAAUUUUUGGGAGUUCAGACGAACUAUUUUGUAGAAUUCAGUGCUCUUCUUGAAGGUAUUAUUUUGGCUAAGGAAUUGAAGGGCGAAUCUCUUUGGAUUGAAUCUGACUCGGCGGCUGUUGUUGUGGCAGUUCAAUCACAAUCUAUUCCUUGGUAUGCUAAGCAGGAUUGGAUAUCUUGA